AUGCGUUCCGACAUCCUCGCACCGCUGGCCACGUUUUGUGGAGAUCGCAGGUUCAGAGACUAUGUCUUGAAUAUGAAGAAUCUUUCAGAUUCGGGAAACUCUUUCGGAGAGAUUGUUUCGACGUCUUCUGAUCAAAGUUUGACUGUGAUUGAGACGAGGUUCGAUCUGACUCUACAAGUCAUGCAUGGUCCGGACGAACCAACUACAGUGGCUAUGACUACAUGCACGUCUCGGGAGACUCCUAGAUCACAGAAAGUGCAUGAUGAACUUCUCCAGUCUUACAAAAUUCGCCCCGAAUAUGGGACCACUUUCAUUUCGGAAACGAUACCUUGUUCUCCCGACUUCGUUGGCAGUGAACUUGAUUCAAUUGAGAUUCUCUCUGCUUAUCCACCUGCCGUUAUGGAGUACUAUAUGAUGUGGGUUGCGGAAUACAAUGAAGCCUGGCGAGAUAGAGGCAAACAGAGUGUGAAUAUCUGCGAGAAUGUCUUCUUUUCUGCUGAAGAAGAGGUUUCGUGGAAUGUUGCUGGUUAUCUGCUGGCAUGGCGUGUUGCAAUGGCACCGGAGGUUGGGUCGGUGGAGUACUCGACACGCCAGUCUUGGUACAUAUUGAAGACUGGAAACGAGACGGAUAUCACGAUUCAAUUCUUGAAAGAGCAGUUGUACCUAUUGGAAAAGGGGGGUUCAUCGUAG